UUGAAGAUAUCCUGUUUAUUACAUGUGCGGCUGUAUAUAUUGCCUCGAGACCGUAAACAGCUGUUCUGCCUCCGAUGUUUCUGUGACGUUUGCAUCAAUAUACUUUCGCAAAGUUCUUGGUCAAAGCAGAUUUGCGUUCUCUGAAGCUUAGUGUUAUUGGAGUCUUCAAUUAUAAUCACAGUUUAUGUAUGAGUUAUUCGGGGGCAAGACGACAAAAAGCGGAUACCCUCGCAAAGAAAAUGUGGGAGAUUGCCUGCUAUUGAUCAAGCAACGUAUUUAUCACCGAGUACUACCAUAAAGCUCAGUGGAUAUACGAACUGCUGCAGCAAACCUGUACCGUUCACAGUGGUAUGCAUAUGCCGGUAUCAGGAAAGAGUGAAAAUGCAAGUGCUUGAAAAUAAUAUAGUUGUACUUUUUGCAAGGUUCUGAAGUUGCUGGUGGUAAGCUCUCAAUUGUUAUUGCCAUUCAAACUGUGUUUUUGGGGACGUAUUUGAACUCCUGUGUGAACUUUAGUCAGUUGUCCUGUUCGCCUUCUUUGGAAGGACAUAAUUCUUUUCUCCGAUGGAAUCGCUGUCGCAGAGUUACAACAGAAUGGAGCAUUACUACAACUCCACGGGACAAGCUCCGGUCUACACGACUUUACUGGACACGCCGCCCCGAGGCCCAGCUCCGAACCGCCCGUACAUGGUCAGCGCGUCGGCGCUGGGACGACUAAACGGGAUGAUGGCGUGCUUGUCCGGGGCGCGGCCCGGCGGGGACGGCCCGCCUAGCUCCGGCAACACUCCCCCCUCCUCCAACCCGCCAAACUGCGGCGAGGAUGACGCUGAUACCCUACAGCGUCUGGACUGUCAGCACUGGCUGCAGAGACAGUCGGGGUAUGCCUCGGCUCAUCACACGAUUGACGGAAUCCUGGGCAAGGGGACGAGACAGGAGAUAGACCUGCUGCCACAACCCGGGUCACACAGGGUGCCACAGCCCCGUAUGGAUCUCUCAGCGAAAAGUCCAGCAAGUAGCAAUGGGUCUUCCAAAGGAGCUGUUUCGCCCAGCAGUGCCGACUACGAGCGGCGACCGGACUGUCGGGCCGACAUCGAGCGGACAAGCCCGCCGGUCCCUGCGCAGCGCAGCACCGGUCUGCUCACCACGGCUGCCCCGCUGAAACUCAUCAAGUCGGAGAAAAUGCCGCCCGCUGUUGCGGCAACAGACAAGGAAGCAUUCAGAAAGUCAGAGAAAGGGCAUGGCGGGAAGGAUAACCAUGGCAACGACUCCGACUCAGGCUCGUCCAAUAAGUUAGGAUCGAAUGGUGAGACAGAAGAGGAUGGUAUAUCCAAGAGAAAGAAGCGAAGGAACCGAACCACCUUCACCAGCUUCCAACUGGAAGAAAUGGAGAAAGUCUUCCAGAAGACCCACUACCCUGACGUCUACUGCCGGGAACAGCUGGCCCUCAGGUGCGACUUGACCGAGGCAAGAGUCCAGGUCUGGUUCCAGAACAGACGUGCCAAGUGGCGGAAGCGGGAACGGUUCGGUCAGUUCACCAACAUGCGGGCGAUGGCUGCCGGGACCAACUACGAAAUGCCCAUGGCGCCGCGGAACGAUAGCUACUCGCAACAGGUUGCAAAUUCGUCCUCAUGGUCACCCAAUCAUCUGGGCUCCUCGCUCACUCCGAGCGAGCACUCGCCCCCGACGAUGGCGGCGCCAUUACAAAAUGGCGGCGGCUACUCCCCGCACGCGCACCAGAUGCCCUCCGGCGGCCACCAGCUCAUGAACGGACUGACCUCCUGUAUGGCGCCGCAGGGCAUGCUGCCCAGCUACAUGGGCAUGUCCAACUCCAGCUUGCCCCAGUACGGGCAGAUGCCGCCCUCAGCGCCCGUGCAACACUCGCCUGCCAGCACCACGUCUUCGGGGAACGGCAUGAUAGCGCCCUCUGCCGGCGCCGCUCUGAUGGCCACGGGCGUGGCACCUCUGCCCCAGGGCCUGGGCGAGGUUGAGACGGAGCGGAGAAGCAGCAGUAUCGCGGCAUUGAGGUUGAAAGCCAAGGAACACAGUGUGGCCAUGUCUAUGGUUGGUGCUUACUCCUAGACAAAUAACUCGUCUACCCUGAAUCAUCGACGGGCUUCGGCCCAUCAGUGGCUCACCGUAUACUGAUUGUAGUGAAGCAAACAGUGGCUUUGGCCGAAAGUAAGCCCACUCUUAACGAAGAUUUUGGAGUGUACGUCAGUGAUAACUAUGCGAUGUUGCUGCAUCAUGUACAAUACCUUCGUCGGGACAACACAUGCCAAGCACAAGUUUUGAACCAUUUGUGUGAAAGCAUCCACACAGUUUUAAUGUGCGCCAUCGGGAAAAACAUUAAGUUGUUUUAAUAAAUUGUGGUUCCUAGACGAAAAAUUGGAUAUCUAAGUGAAACACUGGCUUCGGUAAGAUGUAAUGUCGCUGUGCUCACCCAAAGUGAUUAGAAGAUGGCUUCCAAGAAUUGGUAAUAAUUAUUAUGAGUUUAUGCCACUGCCUGCGUAAGCGUCUAGUCCACCGCCCUAUACGCUCGCAACACCAGGUCGCAGAAUCGUAGACAAAGAGUGACGUGAUUGGAUCCCAAGAAUGUCUGAUUUGAUUGACUGUUAGAACCGAGAAAUCGCUGUUUGUGGCCAUUGUUCGUUUGUAAGGUGGCCGUACAUGUACAGAUGGACUGAAGCAGAAAUCAUGGUUGAAACUCAGGGUGUAUUGUGAUUAUGCAAAAUAUCAAUUACAUUAAAUAUUGAAAGCCGAGCAUGACGUUUAACUCGGUGAAAACCAUUGCCAAUGCCUGCCAUCGUUUUCUUUACUCCCUGUGCCUUGUGAAAUGCGAAUCAUUCAAAGCUGCAUGCACUUACCGUAAGCUUGAAAUAGCGCCCUCUUCUUACAUAUCUUUUUUUUUCUUUCUUACUGCAUAAACACGCAUACUGUGGAUGAAAUUGCUUCUUUCCCGUGUAAGUUUAGCAGUUGAAAGCGGUCUGGCAUGAUGUAUUCGAAGAAAAAAGGCCUAAAGUUACUUUCAAAUCAAAAUGGAAAACAAAAUCAAGACAACUAACGGGGGAACUCCUGGUGUGAUAAUAAUGAUUGUCAAACAAUAGAGGGCGCCCCACGUUCGCCAUGUCGGACUGGCAAAGGGACACUGGUUUUUUUUUUUGUCUUAGUUUAGUCUUCACAAUUUUAUGAUAUAUAUUCGUAAUUAUUUUAUGCAAUAUCAUUUAACAAAAUACUUUUGUAUUCAUUUUUACUUUUUUUUUGCAUAUUUAUUUGCAAACACGUUAACAUUCAAAUUCGAAAUUUCUCAUUGUUUGUAGUAUCUGUAGUAAUACUCUCUUCAAUCUGGUGGCGACAUCUGAGUUUUAAUAAAGAAUUCUGUGUUUAUAAUCCA